CCGUGUGGAAGAUGGCGGCGGAGCGGCGCGGUGGCAGCCGAGCCAAAGGGAGUGAAUUUCGUGAGCCAAGAAUGAUCAGCUUGUGAGCUCUGUGCUGGCUGCUGAACAAAGGCGCUCAUUGAAAAGGUCUUGGAACAAAGACUGUGCCUAGAGCCAAGCAGAUUUGAAACCUGAACAGCACCUCGGUGUCAGCAGAGAGGCAGCAGUCGCCCGCAUGGCUUUCCUGUGCAGGGUCCCCUUCAGAUGGGACUGGCAAGCGCAUCUUGACCCAUGACAAAGUGACUGCGUUGGCUGACUGUGUGUGUGGGGCGUCCCAAGUGUAUGUGAGAAGUUUGCCUGAAGAAUCACAUUUACAGGUUGCCAAACAAGGGUGACCAACAUGUGACUGGCAAGCCACUUUGCUGAGGCAACUCCUCAGAUUGUGGGGGGGCCUGUGCAUCCCCUCCCCCAAUGGCCGGUUGAUUCACUUGAGAAGCCAGGGAGUUCAUAACAGCACAUGAGCCGCCAUCUCCCUAGGACUUGCGUGAGCCAGAGGAGAAGCAGAGGAGGAAGGAGCCACGCAGAGGAGCAAUGGGACUUGAAGGCCAUGGUUACUUGAGAUAAAUGGCAAACCAUUGGGAAUCUAGUCUUGCAGCUCCUCGCUUCAGUAUUACCCCUCUCUGCAGCUCCCGUUUCUUCUCCGUGAGCUGCCACUGGCUCUUCCAACGGUGGCGUUGGAGGCACCGAAGGCAGCUUGGUUGGUGCCAAGCGUGAGGAGGGGGUGAGCCACCCGCCUCACCAUGAUUCAGCUGUGGAAAGUAGUGAGGCACGUGAGACAGCUGGAGCUCCACAGACUGAUCUUGCUGCUCAUUGCCUUCAGCUUGAUCUCCAUGUGCUUCCUGGCUUACUAUGUCACCAACAGCCCCAAGAUUAAGGAGCCACCACCGUUGCCCUUCAGUGACUGUAGCAACCAGCAUAGGGUCCUCCUCCAGCCUCAGGCCAGCUGGAGACUGACAAAAUCAGUGGACAACUCUCGCACAGACCCUGUGGUGCUGGUUUUUGUGGAAAGCAUUUAUUCCCAGCUAGGACAGGAGAUUGUGGCCAUCUUGGAAUCCAGCCGGUUCAAAUAUAGGACAGAGAUUGCUCCUGGAAAGGGGGACAUGCCCACUCUGACGGACAAGGACCACGGCCGCUACGCUCUCAUUAUCUAUGAGAACAUUCUUAAAUACGUGAACCUGGAUACCUGGAACAGGGACCUCUUGGACAAAUACUGUGUGGAAUAUGGAGUCGGAAUCAUCGGCUUCUUCAAGGCAAACGAGAACAGCUUGCUAAGCGCUCAGCUCAAGGGUUUCCCCCUCUUCCUACAUUCCAACCUGGGGUUGCGAGACUAUCACAUCAAUCCCAGUGCCCCUCUGCUAUACGUGACCCAGGCAAAUGAAGUUGAGCAGGGCCCUCUGCCUGGCGAUGACUGGACAGUGUUCCAGUCUAAUCACACCACCUACGAACCCGUCUUGAUGGCCAGCACCAAGUCAUCCGAGUCAAUCCCUCACCUUGCUGCCCACAGGGCCUUGCACGCGACAGUAGUGCAAGACCUCGGACUACAUGAUGGCAUCCAGCGGGUCCUCUUUGGUAAUAACCUCAACUUCUGGCUGCACAAGCUCAUCUUUGUGGAUGCCAUUGCUUACCUGACUGGCAAGCGGCUCUGUCUGACUCUGGAUCGUUACGUCCUUGUGGACAUUGAUGAUAUCUUUGUGGGCAAGGAGGGCACACGCAUGAAGGUGUCCGAUGUAGAGGCUCUGCUGAACACUCAAAACAAGCUGAGGACUUUAGUCCCCAAUUUCACUUUCAACCUGGGAUUCUCUGGGAAAUUCUACCAUACAGGUACGGACGAGGAAGAUGAAGGGGAUGACAUGCUGCUGAAGCACAGAAAGGAGUUCUGGUGGUUCCCCCACAUGUGGAGUCACAUGCAGCCACACCUCUUUCACAAUGUUACUGUUCUGGCUGAGCAGAUGAAACUCAACAAGCAAUUUGCUCUGGAGCAUGGGAUUCCCACGGACUUGGGCUAUGCAGUCGCCCCCCACCACUCAGGGGUUUAUCCUGUCCAUGCACAGCUCUAUGAGGCGUGGAAAGCUGUCUGGGGUAUCCAAGUAACCAGCACAGAGGAGUAUCCCCACCUUCGGCCUGCCCGCUACCGCCGAGGAUUCAUCCACAAUGGGAUCAUGGUGUUGCCUCGGCAAACUUGUGGUCUCUUCACUCACACCAUCUUCUAUAAUGAAUAUCCUGGUGGCUCCAAAGAGCUCGACAAGAGCAUUCGUGGUGGUGAACUCUUCCUGACUGUCCUCUUGAAUCCCAUCAGCAUCUUCAUGACCCAUUUAUCCAACUAUGGGAAUGACCGGCUGGGGCUCUACACCUUCGAAAGCCUUGUCAAAUUCGUACAGUGUUGGACCAACCUUCGCCUUCAGACGCUGCCCCCCAUUCAGCUGGCCAAAAGAUAUUUCGAAAUAUUUUCACAGGAGAAGAACCCUCUCUGGCAGAACCCAUGCGAUGACAAACGGCAUAAGGACAUCUGGUCCAAAGAGAAGACCUGUGACCGGCUCCCCAAAUUCCUCAUCGUCGGACCUCAGAAAACAGGAACAACUGCUGUGCAUUUCUUCCUUUCCAUGCAUCCAGCUGUUACCAGUAACUUCCCAAGCCCAUCCACCUAUGAAGAGAUCCAAUUCUUUAAUGGGCCGAAUUACCACAAAGGGAUUGAUUGGUACAUGGAAUUUUUCCCCAUCCCCUCCAAUGCCAGCACAGACUUCAUGUUUGAGAAAAGUGCCAAUUACUUCGACACCGAGGCAGUUCCCAAGCGAAGUGCUGCCCUCCUUCCACGGGCCAAAAUCAUCGCCAUCCUGAUCAACCCAGCUGACCGGGCCUACUCCUGGUACCAGCACCAGCGUGCUCACAGUGACCCCGUGGCGCUCAACUACACUUUCUACCAGGUGAUUUCUGCUGGGUCCCAAGCCCCUCAAGAGCUGCACAACCUGCAAAGCCGCUGCCUGAGCCCGGGAUUGUACUCCACCCACCUGGAGCGAUGGCUGACCUAUUAUCCCUCGGGGCAGAUUCUGAUUCUGGACGGGCAGGAACUCCGACACAGCCCCUCCUCCACCAUGGAGAACAUUCAAAGGUUUCUGGGGGUCACACCACUCUUCAACUACACCCAAGCACUCAAGUUUGAUGAGGCAAAGGGGUUUUGGUGCCAGGUACUGGAUGGAGGGAAGACCAAGUGCCUGGGGAAAAGUAAAGGGAGAAAAUAUCCAGAGAUGGAUUCCUCGUCCCGCAUGUUCCUGGCUGACUUCUAUCGCGAGCACAACAUCGAACUCUCCAAGCUGAUGAACAAGCUGGGGCAGCCCCUGCCCACCUGGCUCCACGAGGAACUGCAGAACUCGAGCUGGAGCUGAAUGAAGGGGAGCGCUCUGGCCCCAGAACUGCCAGGCACAGGGAUGGGAAAGCCACUUGGAAUCGACACCCACCUCGCCUGCCUCUUCUUGAGCAGCAGCGUUAGAGGACCGAACAGGGAGCGUGCUUGUGAACCCGGAUGGUGGGACGGAGUGUGGACAAUACGCCUCCCAGUAUUAACGGUUUGGGGAUUUUUUUAAGACAUCCACCUAUGGAACAAAACUGCACAAGGUGUAAUGCAGUUGUUCUUCCACCCCCAUCCCACCAUUCAAGGAUAGGAAUGCCACAGGAACGCAUGCGGUCUGUAAUCCUGGGGGUAGGAAAGCCUAGAGCGAACGUGAGUGGGAAACCAACGCAUGCAAAUGUCUAGGUCACUGCGACAUUCCGUGUUAAUCCCCAACUGCUCAGGAGGCCCACAGGCGGAAGUCUUACUCGUGCAACUGCCCCAUUGUGUGGGGGUGGGGGUGUGGGGGAGGGGGUGACAGACAACAAAGUGCAUGUCCCUGGGGGUAGUCUUGGCCGUUCCAACAGUAUCCAAGGGAACAGGGAGGGAGGAAUCGUGGAGGAUGAGGCAGCGGAAACUUUCCAAGACUCCUUAUUGGAGAGGGGAAAGUCUUUGUCCCCUCUGCCUGCAGCAGGCGCAAGACGACAAAGGACACAAGUCUGAUGUUGCCGCGUUCAGAGGCUAUGAACAGGCACCUGUCCACUUGCAGCUAAUCACAGCAGUCUUAAUGGGCAGUGAGGGGUCGAAAGGCAGCUUCCUACCAUUCUCGUCUGGAAAGCUGCAUGUUCUCCCGCAGUGGGACUUCUGCCUCUUUUCAUUUGUUGGCACCACGCAGGGAGAGAGGAAAUGCAGAUCAGCAUCUGUCUGGUCAAAUGGCCCAUUCUUUCUUCCAGGUCUACAGGUGGUGGGAGCUCCAGCCAGCUCAUUCCCCAGCAUUUCCUCUCUGCGAUCAGCACCCUAGUUGUGCAGCGGCCAGCCAGACUCCUGCCCCUUCUUUCCAAACACAUCUUACAUCAAGGCCCGGGGGGGGGGGGCAGCAGCAUCAACUGCUCAAGCACUAGGCUGACUGGUGCGUGUGUGUGAAGCGGGCAGCAGUGGUGGGACGAUUCCUUCAAGCUAUUUGCACAUAACUCCUCUGCGUCUCUAUUCUCAUAGGGAGAGAAAUGGUCUCAGCCAAGCUUAUACAUUGAGCCUUGUGUAUUUUUUUAAAUGGUGAAUUGACCAUUGUCUGUAAAUAGACAGUAUGGACUAUAUACUACUUCAUUCAAUGUGUCCCCAAAGCAGGGCAAAUACUGUGCAACCAAAAAAAAACCCGGAACCAACGAAACAAAAACCUGUGGCUGAAGAGAAACGCAAGCGCCCUGCUUCCUGCACUGGAUUCAUGUAUAGUGUCAUUCACAUUGAAUGAUGAUGAUGAUGAUGAUGAAGCAUAAAUUCUUGGCUCUUGCAGCUGAGCACAAUGUCUAAAUAAAGGUUAGACGUAGCA